CAUAAUGGCAGAAGCUACCAUCUCUCCACUGAAGCACUUUGUGCUGGCUAAAAAGACAAUCACUGCCAUCUUUGACCAGCUGCUGGACUACGUCACUGAGGGGGCAACUUUUGUGGAAGCGACAUACAGGAACCCAGAGCUUGAACAUGUAGCAACAGAAGACGAACUAGCAAAAAUACAGGCAUAUAAAAAUAAGUUAGCGGUCAUCGGUGAGGUGCUUUCACGGAGACACAUGAAAGUGGCAUUUUUUGGCAGAACGAGCAGUGGGAAAAGUUCGGUUAUUAAUGCGAUGCUGUGGGAUAAGGUACUUCCUAGUGGGAUUGGCCAUACAACUAACUGCUUUCUUAGUGUGGAAGGGACAGAUGGAGAUAAGGCUUAUCUUAUGACAGAAGGAUCAGAUGAAAAGAAGAGUGUCAAGACAGUCAAUCAGCUUGCUCAUGCACUUCACAUGGAUAAAGAUUUGCAAGCUGGCUGUCUCGUCCAUGUCUUUUGGCCCAAGUCAAAGUGUGCCCUGCUGAGAGAUGAUUUGGUUUUAGUGGACAGCCCUGGCACAGAUGUCACUACAGAACUGGACAGCUGGAUUGACAAAUUCUGCUUAGAUGCUGACGUGUUUGUCUUGGUUGCCAAUUCUGAAUCGACUCUAAUGAACACGGAAAAACAUUUCUUCCAUAAAGUGAACGAACGACUUUCCAAGCCAAACAUCUUCAUCUUGAAUAAUAGAUGGGAUGCCUCCGCAUCAGAACCAGAAUAUAUGGAAGAUGUGCGUAGGCAGCACAUGGAGCGUUGUCUGACUUUUCUAGUUGAUGAGCUCAAAGUUAUUGAUCCUGUAGAAGCAAGGAAUCGCAUCUUUUUUGUUUCAGCAAAAGAAGUUCUGAGUGCCAGGAGACAGAAGGCCCAAGGAAUGCCAGAGGGUGGUGGAGCACUUGCUGAAGGAUUUCAAACAAGAUUCCAGGAAUUUCAACAUUUUGAGCAGAUAUUUGAGGAGUGUAUCUCGCAGUCAGCCGUGAAAACCAAGUUUGAACAGCACACUAUCAGAGCUAAACAGAUAAUAGAUACUGUGAAAAACAUUAUGGACGCCAUAAACGUAGCAGCAGCAGAGAAAAGAGUCCAUUCAAUGGAAGAGCGAGAAGAUCAGAAGGAUAGAUUGGACUUUGUUCGAAAUCAGCUUAACAUUUUGACGGAAGAUACUAAGGAAAAAAUCAAACGUGUUACUGAGGAAGUAGAAAAUAAAGUCUCCUCUGCCAUGACCGAUGAGAUUUGCCGACUUUCAGUUUUAGUUGAUGAAUUUUAUUCAGAUUUUCACCCUUCUCCUCAAGUAUUGAAGCUCUAUAAGACAGAAUUGAACAAACAUAUAGAAGAUGGUUUGGGAAAGAACCUGGCUGAUCGUUGCUCCAGUGAAGUCAAUCAGUCAAUGCAUCAGUCGCAGCAGGAGAUGAUUGAAAAUCUGAAACCGUUGUUGCCUUCUGGUGCUCAGAAUCAGCUCCACUUGCUAAUUCCAUGCAGGAGGUUUGACCUUAGCUAUGAUCUAAAUUGUCAUAGUCUGUGUGCAGAUUUUCAAGAGGAUAUCAUGUUCCACUUUUCCUUGGGAUGGACUUCGCUUGUAAACCGUUUCUUGGGUCCUAAACAAGCUCAGAGAGUACUGUUGGGACUAGCAGAUCCAAAUUUACAAAUCCCUCGUCCUUUAGCUACCACCCCGUCUGCUGCCAGCCUUCCUGCCCUAACUCCAGAGAACGCAUCGCACGAUGAUUUUAUGGUUCCUUUGGUAAUGAGUUUAGCUUCACUGACAUCACGGACCUCUAUGAGCAUCAUCGUUGUUGGCGGAGUGAUUUGGAGAACAGUAGGCUGGAAACUCAUCUCUCUUUCUUUAAGUAUGUAUGGGUUGUUAUAUCUUUAUGAGAGACUAACUUGGACCACUAAAGCAAAAGAGAGAGCCUUUAAACAGCAGUUUGUAAACUAUGCUACUGAAAAGCUGCAGAUGAUCGUCAGUCUUACAAGUGCUAAUUGCAGCCAUCAGGUGCAACAGGAAAUGGCCACUACCUUUGCUCGGCUCUGUCAGCAGGUGGAUAUUACCCAGAAAAACCUGGAAAAAGAAAUUUCUAGGCUUUCCAAAGAAAUAGAUCAGCUGGAGAACAUACAGAGCAGCUCCAAGCAGCUAAGAAAUAAAGCCAUUCACCUUGAGAAUGAACUAGAUCGCUUUACAAAACAUUUUCUUCAAAAGAGUAAAUAAAACAUCGUUGCUAACUUUCCCGGUGAUCCUUUGUACGACAAAGUAGAAAUUUUACAGAUGACACUUCUCCUCUGUGGAGUCACAUGAGAUGGUUUAUAUUUUAAAUGUUACUUUGAUUACACUUGUUAAUUAUUGUAAAACUUGGUUUGGACUCUGAUGGUGAACCAAACUGAAGAGCUGUGGUACUCUGGUAUGUUUGUUUUGCAGAUUUUGAGUUAGAAUUAUCUUUAAACACUAAAUUUCUUUGGGCACUUGACAAUAAAAACCCCAAUCCUUAUUGGUUUUCAUUAGUAUUUAGCAGUGGCAAGUCUCACUUCCUGGCAUCCAGGAGUUUAUGCAGGGAGAGAGAGCUUAUCACAGUUAUCACUGUCUCCUGUUUUCAGUUGCUUAGGAAUUAGCCAGGGAUGGAGGAUGCUGCUUUUUCAUGUGUGCGUGUUUUUGUUUAAUGAAGUAUAAACCCCAGCAUGGUGAAAGGACUCUGUGACUGCUUUGAAAGCAAGUGAAAUUGGGUUGGGCAGCAGUUCCUCUUCCUCAAACGGAAGUGAAAGAUGAUCGUAAACUGCAGAGCAUUCACUAAUGAAAUGCAGUAGGGUCUAGUUUCCCCUCUAGCUACCACAUUUAGACAAGAUGGCACUGAUUAAGUAAAAAUUAA